UGCUGUUGACACAUAGGAAUCCAGACCCACACACACACACAUGCUCUUUCUCCCUCCUUGGCAGGAAGGACUCCCCUCAGAAGCAGACGACAGCUUGUGCCUCUCCUUCUUUUCCUCUGCUGGCAGGUGUUAGAAAUAAAACCAUAAAUAAGUAGAAGAGGGAGCCAGAGACAGCAUCUGUAUUUUUGAGUGACUGAUAAGGAGAUAGAACAGAGCACUUGGAUCAUCUGCUCUUAAGCCGCAGUGUUUUGACUGAGUUAGAGUGCAGCUGAGUGGAAACAAAGUAACCCAGAGGAACACAAGGCGGUCAUGGACACUAUUCCACUUCAGCCACAAUCUUGUAUGGCUUGGAUUUACACACUGGUGUUGGAGCCCAGCCCGCAGUCCACAUUGGUGUUGGAGUCCAGCCCGCAGUCCACUGAUACCAAUGAGUACCCAUGUUCCUCCUGAGCCAUGCUCCCUGGCCAUGGAUUCUCUCCUUUCCUUGAUUUCCAGCCUCACCUCCAAGCGUUCCAUUGCAGAGGGGAGCGCUCUGACAUGUGGUUCCAAGGCUCAGUUGAGACCCAGGCUCUGAGCGACUCUCGGGAGAGAAGGCCACUCCUGCGGCAGCAGCAACAUAUUGCCAUCUGCCAGAAGGAGACGUUGGCCUUCAUUGACCUUCAACAGCCUAGCACUAAUGGUUUCCAAUCAUGCACACCAGAAAAGCGUAGUUCCUCUCCUUGCUCCAAGCCUGUCAGAUGCACAGGAAACCGACCCUCUUACUUUGCCAAGAAUGGGAGUACAGACUCAAUUCUGGACAGUUAUUUGACCCAGGACAGCAGUAUUGUGGAGGUGGUUCAGGAUCAGACAUGCACACCCAUUACUGAAGUACCUGAGACAGUUUAUGAAAUAUCUGAACCAGAAAUUAAGAGUCUCAGUUCUAGAGGCUUGUUUUUGCCGCUGUCCUCAACAUAUGUCCCAGGGGACAGGGACUCUUUGGACUCUCAGAAGCAGAGAUCCCCCUCUUCCCCCUUAGAGUUCCAGAGUCCAGACCCAUUUUGCCUACAGAGACGCACCUCACUGGGAUCCCUAAAGGAGAAGUCCAUACGGCGCAGGAUGAGAGUGUACUCACCAGACAUUUUGAGUGAUGAGUCACUCAGCAGCCCAGGUCUGGAGUGUGACUACAUGCUCCCAGGAUCCUUUGAAUCAUUCGUAGAAGGAGGACUCGGCAUGGUGGGAUCCACCAUACCCACAUCUCAGAGUUCCAGCCCUCUUCCAGAUCUAGAUGAAGACCUCUCCCUUCUUUCCAUACCAACCCCUCCAAAACUCUCCUUAGAUCCCCCUCAGGAGGUUUCCGAAUUGGAGGUGGGCGUAAAUGUUGGGGGCAGGCAGAGGCUAGGCCUGGAGGACUGUGGGGCUCUGGAAGGUUCUGCUCCCAACAGUCAGACCUUGCUGCCUCUCUCACGUUCUCGCUCAGCAGACAACGAGCGCCGGCGCUUCUCUGCCUCUGAGCUCAUCUCCCGCCUGCAACUCUCACAGAGGAAAAAUUCCUUCACCCUUAAGCUGGGCAAGUCCCUCUCUGCUCGAGUGGCCUUGCGGGACCGCCACCUGUCUGGAAACCUCAGUCCAGACUACAAACCCAACUCCAGACAGCGCUUCUCAGGGGGAUCAAGUGACAGUGUGCCACAUAGUCCUGUGGGGUCUGCACCACCACUGUCCUCUGGUGACUGUAAUCUGCCACUACACCGGAGAAGUUCCAAGCAAAGUAUGAGAAAAGUUUCCAUUAAUGAAGAUGCAGACAGUCCUCCAAGUAGCUUUAAACGUCUAUCACACUUUCUGCCAAACUUGAUUUUGUAUCAGGAAUACAGUGACGUUGCUAUUAACAGAGAGAUACAGAGGCAGCAGGGGGCAGAGCCUGGAAUUGAUGAUGAAAAAGGGGAAUCUGUGUCCUCUGGCAACCUCUCUCCAUCCAGUUCAUUCCACUCAUCACGAGGCUCCACCUUCUCUCUUUGGCAGGAUAUUCCUGAUGUUCGGAUGAGUGGACAACUGGACAGCUUCAGCAAUGAAGAGCGUAAAUUACAGGAGGCCAAGUUUGAGUUGGUGACGUCAGAGGCCUCGUACAUACGAAGCCUGUCUAUUACGGUCGACCAUUUUAUGAUGUCUCCUGAGCUGUGUGAGUGUCUUGGGACACAGGAGAAGCAGUGGCUCUUCUCCAAACUGCCUGAUGUGAAAGAAGUCAGUGAGAGGUUCCUUCAAGAUCUGGAGCAUAGGUUAGAAGGCGACAUUUUGCGUUUUGACGUGUGUGACAUUGUCCUUGAACACUGUCCAGCUCUGCGGAGGGUUUAUUUGCCCUAUGUUACUAAUCAAGCCUAUCAGGAAAAGACCUAUCAGCGGCUCUUACAGGAGAAUCCCCGUUUCCCUGGAAUCCUUGGCCGUCUGGAAGAGGACCCAGUAUGCCAGAGGCUGCCUCUUACAUCAUUCCUUAUCCUUCCUUUUCAAAGGAUUACACGUCUCAAAAUGCUGGUGGAGAAUAUCCUGAAGAGAACAACUCCUGGGUCACGAGAUGAGGACACUGCCACCAAAGCUCUAAAUGAGCUGAAAAAGAUUAUAAAGGAAUGUAAUUCCAGUGUGCAGUCCAUGAAGAGGAUGGAAGAACUAAUUCAUCUGAAUAAGAAAAUUCACUUUGAGGGCAAGAUUUUCCCUCUGAUCUCUCAGUCUCGCUGGCUGGUCAAACAUGGGGAACUUUUAGAGGUGGACACACAGAACUUGAGUAUAUCUGGGUCAAAGUUUAAGCUUAACACUCGGCCUGUGUACCUUCACCUGUUUAAUGACUGCCUUCUGCUGUCCCGAAGGAAAGACACAUGGAAGUUCAUGGUGUUUGUACAUGCAAAGAUUGAAGACCUCAAGGUGAAAGACCUAAGCCAGAAACUUCAGGGAAUCUCAGGCUUCAUCUUCUAUCUGCAGUUAUGUGAGGGACAACAGCUAAAACACCAGAUCUUACUCAAAUCAUCCACAGAAAGCAGCAAGCAGAGGUGGAUCACAGCCAUGUUUCCCUCUGAUCCAAAGACAGCUAUUGAGCAGACCAAUGAGAAUGAUGAUCUAUCUCAAGUCCAGUGCAUCAAGAGCUACCAGGCUCAAGAGCAUGAUGAGUUAACGCUGGAGAAGGCUGACAUCCUUCAAGCUAUAACAAUUACUAGUGAUGGUUGGGUAGAGGGGAUUCGGUUGUCGGAUGGAGAGAGGGGCUGGUUCCCCAAAACUUACGUGGAGGAGAUCACAAGCCGCAGUGCUCGUUUGCGAAACCUCCGUGAGAACAUUCGCAUUAAGUGUGUCUCUCAAAAAUUAGAAGGAGAGACCCUUUGAG